GCUCCAGCUAUCAGUUACUAGGAUGAGCUCGUUUCGAAAGGUCGUUAUCUUGUUCCUGCUGCUGGUGGUGGCAGUUGCCACCGGCCAAGGUCAACAACAGCAGGAAACUUUUAAACUAUGCGUCCCGCAUCAGAUCAUGGACGCCUGCCGGGAUUUGAUGGCGAAACCGGACGCGACGGUACAGGUCCAGUGCGUGGCCGGUCGCGAUCGAAUGGAAUGUUUGGAGAAGGUUAAUACGCGACAGGCGGACUUUGUGGCCGUCGAUCCGGAGGAUAUGUACGUGGCUUAUCAUAUGGCCAAUCAGGAUUUUAGUGUGUUUACCGAGUUUCGAACGGUGGAGGAACCGAAGGCUGAGUUCCGCUACGAGGGAAUAGUGCUGGUCAGGAAGAGUGAUAAUUUUAAAAGUAUGGCUGAUUUGAAGGGGAAAAAGUCGUGUCACACCGGUUACGGUAGAAAUGUUGGGUACAAGAUUCCGAUUACGAAACUGAAGAAAUUGGGUCUGUUUAAGUUGGCUGAUGAUCCGGAGUUGUCCCCCCUGGAGAAGGAACUGAAAGGUUUGUCCGAACUGUUUGGCAGUUCGUGUCUAGUUGGAAAGUACUCUCCGAACGAUGAAGUGAAUCGACUGUUGAAGAAACGCUACUCUAGUCUUUGUGCACUCUGUGAAAAACCGGACGUUUGUGACUAUCCGGAUAAGUAUUCCGGAUAUGAUGGUGCCAUUCGCUGUCUGGUGGAAAACAACGGGGACGUAGCCUUCACGAAGGUGAUCUACGUUAACAAGUACUUCGGUCUACCGGUAGGUGGUGCCCCAGCUCAACCGGCACUGAAUCCAGCUGCCCGUUCGGAUGAUUACGUGUACCUUUGUGAAGACGGAACUACUCGACCCAUCACCGGUCCGGCCUGUUCCUGGGCUCAACGUCCCUGGCAGGCGUACAUGGGAAACGGGGACAUCAACGAUCGGUUCCAGCGACUACAACAGCGUUUGCAACAAUUCUACGAAGAAGCGAAAAACAAGGCCAACGCGGAUCAAGCCGCUAAAAUGUGGGUUGAUCGAAAGAAUAUCCUGUUCGAUCGAAAAGUUCCGGUUUUGCCGGGCGAUCAUCUGGACCGGGCACAGUACAAAGACGUGAUCGAGCGGGAUGGUCCGUUCCAGUAUAAGAUCAAACUGUGCGUAGCUUCCGAGCUGGAAAUGGAAAAGUGUGACGUUAUGAGGAGGGCAGCGACUUCGCGGGAUGUCCGCCCGGAGAUCGAAUGUGUGCUGAAGGGUAAGAACGGAUGCGUAGGUGCUGUUCAGCGAGGUGAGGCUGACGUCGUGGUGCUGAAGGGCGAGGAUCAAACCGCUGCCAAUGUCGAAGGUCUUAAACCGAUCCUGUUCGAAAAGUACGCGGAAGAUGACGUAAUGGUCGCGAUCGUUGACAAGCAACUCAGCCGGGAUCUGCUACUGAAGGCACCGCUCGAAUUCGACGGCUCGGAUCAACGUGCCAUUUCGGCGGCACUGUUCCUGAACGACAAACGUCAGAAGAAGGCGUGCCCGAACAAGCUUUCCUCAACACCGAACGCACCGAUUAAGAUCAUCUCGGCCCAGGACCUCACACGGCUCGGUUCCGAUAAGGUGCUCGUCUGUCCGAAUCUUCAGUACGAGCCGAUCGGUAACUAUGCGUCGUGUAAUAUCGAUUAUACGCUGCCGGCGGGAAUCUACAUCCGGAAGACCGUAACCGGACAGAUCGAGGACAAUAUUGCGCAUGCUUUUGUCGCUCUUUCGGAUAAGUUUGGUCACGGUGCUAGGAGCGAGGUUGUGUUCGAUAUGUUCGGCGAGUUUAAGCCGGGAAGCAAAAAUGUGCUGUUCCAUGAUCGUGCGGCCAGGUUCGGACCGGCCGAUAACAAGGUUGGCGGAGUGGAAGCGGGUAAUUACAGACGGUUGAUGUGUUUGUAGAACUCGUGUUCAAGAUUGUUUAAUCGGAACGGACAAAUUGCUUUUCUUUUGAAAAAUGCGUAUUAGACAGCCGUG